AUAUGCCAGCCAGUGUACCACGUACCAUCGCCCGCGUCCAUUUCGGCGCGACCACGUGUGCCGCGGAAUCGGUAUCAUCUGGUGCCCGUCAUCAGCAGCCAGGUUUUGCGCCCCAAAUCCGCACGAAGACCCUGUCCGGAAUUGGUAUACAACGCAGUCGUUUAGAUCGUGCUCGCGCGCAUCAAUGACGAUUGAACCUCCCACGGUCGUAACUCGCGCGACCUUGAUAAGAGAAUCGGCGUUAUCGCGACGCUGACAGUGGCGCCGCGAAAAAAGCGAGGCUAAUCAGCGAGUACAAAGAUCCGCCUUGGCGAUCCCGUCGAUAAGACGCGGCGUCGCCCAAGUCCCGCUAGUCCGUAGACCUCGUCGGGAUUAAGAAUUGUGCGCGAAGAUGAACUCUUACGGAUGGAGCAGGGAGAUACGCGAGCCAGAGUUCGUCCGGCAAGAAACGAAGAAGAUAGAGUUAGGGGAGAAGGGGUCCGGCUUGAGGCCACGGGGUGAGGUCCAGGAUUUCAACACGCUGAGACGAGAAUGCCUGGCGACGGGAAGGCUCUUCGAGGAUCCCGAAUUUCCAGCCAACGACUCGUCGCUGUACUUCUCCCGCAGACCGGACAGAUACAUAGAAUGGAAGCGACCGAUGGAAAUCGCGGACAAUCCUCAGCUCUUCGUGGAGGGUUUCUCGAGAUUCGACGUUCAGCAGGGAGAGCUGGGAGACUGCUGGCUGCUGGCCGCCGUGGCGAAUCUGACCAUGCACCCGAAUCUGUUCUUUCAAGUAAUGCCAGAGGAUCAAAGCUUCGAGGAAAAUUACGCUGGAAUCUUCCACUUCAGGUUUUGGCAGUACGGUAGAUGGGUCGACGUGGUGAUCGACGAUCGAUUGCCCACCAGUCGCGGAGAAUUGGUAUAUCUGCACUCGGCCGAGAAUAAUGAAUUCUGGAGCGCCCUUCUCGAGAAAGCGUACGCGAAACUUCACGGUUCCUACGAGGCGUUGAAGGGCGGCACGACCUGCGAGGCCAUGGAAGACUUCACCGGUGGAGUAACGGAAAUGUACCAAAUGGACCAAACGCCGCCGAACUUGUUCAACAUACUGUUAAAAGCCUUUGAGAGGAACUCGUUGCUGGGUUGCUCCAUCGAGCCCGAUCCCAACAUAGUGGAGGCUGAAACCCCUCAGGGAUUGAUACGCGGUCACGCGUACAGCAUCACCCAAGUGAAGAACGUGGAGAUUCAUAUGCCGAAUCGGUACGGUACCAUACCUCUAUUGAGGCUUCGGAAUCCUUGGGGAAACGAGGCGGAAUGGAAUGGGCCUUGGAGCGAUCAAUCGCCGGAAUGGAGAUUCAUCCCCGAUCACGAGAAGGAGGAGCUCGGCCUGACCUUCGACAUGGACGGCGAAUUCUGGAUGUCGUUUCAGGACUUCACCCGCCACUUCACUCAACUCGAGAUAUGCAAUUUGAAUCCGGACUCCCUAACGACGGACGAUAUUAGCGCCGGGAAAAAACGCUGGGAGAUGAGCGUGUUUGAAGGAGAGUGGGUGCGCGGAGUGACAGCGGGCGGUUGCAGAAACUUUUUAGAGACCUUCUGCCAUAAUCCGCAGUAUCGCAUCACGUUGGAACAUCCAGAUGACGACGAUGACAAGUGUACCGUGAUCGCCGCUCUGAUGCAGAAGAACAGGAGGGCGCAAAGAAGAAUGGGUGCCGAUUGCCUCACUAUCGGAUUUGCGAUAUACCAUUUGGAGUAUCCAGAGAGGCUGCCGAAACCACUAGACAUUAACUUUUUCAAGUACAACGCGUCUGUUGGACGUUCACCAGCAUUUAUAAACUUACGGGAGGUCACGUGUCGUUUCAAGUUACCCCCGGGUGUUUACUGCAUAGUUCCGAGUACUUUCGACCCGAACGAGGAGGGUGAAUUCUUGCUGAGAAUCUUCUCUGAGAAUCAGAAUAAUAUGGAAGAAAAUGAUGAAGAAGUCGGUAUCGGAGACGUCGAUGACAGGAUAAUUAAUCCCGCAGACGGUAAGGAGGACCAAAGCGGAGAAAACGUUCGCGAUGAACCUGAACAAGACCGCAAUACCGAGAAAGUCCGAGAAUUCUUCAAGAAACUCGCUGGCGAUGAUUUGGAAGUGGACUGGAUGGAACUCAAGGAUAUCUUAGAUUUCGCUAUGAGGAAAGAGUUACCGCAGUUGGCGCAUCGUAGCGAGGCACAUGCUCCCGAAACUGUCGAAGGAAAUGGUUCGUUUAUCGACACUCUCAUCUCACUGCUGUGCGGCAUUGUUUGUAAUAAUGAACAGUACAAUAAGCCCGUAGAGACUCAUGACAGAGGUUUCAGUAAAGAUAUAUGUCGCAGUAUGGUCGCUAUGUUAGACGCAGAUCAUUCCGGCAAGCUCGGUUUUGAGGAGUUUAAGACCUUGUGGAAUGACGUUAGAAAGUGGAAGGCUGUUUUCAAGCUCUACGACAGAGACGAGUCCGGGUAUUUAAGUGCAUUUGAAUUAAGGCAAGCGUUAAACAGCGCGGGAUACCGUUUGAACCAUCACAUUCUCAAUAUACUGGUUCAUCGUUACGGCACUAAAGACGGCAAGAUUACGUUUGACGAUUACAUAAUGUGUGCGGUCAGGCUUAAAACAAUGAUCGAUAUUUUUAACGAGAGAGAUCCAGAUAAAACCCACACGGCUACGUUCACACUGGAAGAAUGGAUGGAAAAGACACUCUAUUCGUAAUAAAACAUAGAUAAAUUUAUGUUCGCCACGAUUCAAUUCUAUCUUGAACUCGAGAAUCUCUCUGAUGUAUCAGAGUGUGAUGAUAAACGGCCGUAAUGUGAAUGAGAAGUAUUUUUUUAUAGGGAACGGCGAGAGAGAAAAUAUUUUUUAACUUGCGAGAUAACAUAUAUCAUAUGUACACGAAGCUUAUUAACUUUUAUUUCUUCGAUGUUAUUUAAAGCGCCUGUACGAAUCUCCGCAGUAUAAAUUUUAAGGGGACGAGAAACAGGCGACGUUAUAUACAUAACAAUAUAUACACACAGAGAUUUUGCCCGUAAUAAUUAUGUUGAUUGGAAUAUGUGAAAGAAUAUGGUAUUGUGUGCCUUAACGUGCUUUAAGUGAUUGCAGCAUUAUCUAAAAUUUAUUAAAAAAGCAUACAUGAUUUGUCGGAACAUGUAAUGCGUGUGUCAACUAGUCCAUAGAUUAAUGCAAGUUUUCAAUUCGGAUGUGAAACAACACUUCAAUCUUAUUAAUUUUCACGGCCCCAUUCAUUUUACGAAGUCGACAUAAUUUAAUUUAACUCAAUCUACAGUUCGCUGCGCCACCUUGCAACUUAAUCUAGGGCAAUCUAGCUUCUUCCUUCCCUCGCUCCACCCCUAUCGAUGAUAUUGAUCGUUGUCGAUAUCACAGCUAUUGACAUCGGGAAUUUCUCGAAUGUUGAUACCCUGAAAAUUGCAGGCGAACUCUGAAAAAUUGUUGAGGAGGAAAGUGUGAUGAAACAUAGACGAAGAAUGUACACUAGGCAUCACUGAUGCCUUCCCAUAUGAAUUUAGGCACAGGGUAGAACACACAUAUUUUCCAUGUAUGUAUAUGCAAAAUGUAUAAAUGUGUUGAUGUGUGCACAAAUUCAUGCGAGAAGGCAUCAGCGAUUCCUAGUGUACAUACGUGGAUGUAUACGGCCGAACGUUAUAGAGUACGAAUGUGAAAUUAUAUUUUGUAUCGAUAUUUAAUUGCAUCUAAUGUACCGAAUAAAUCAAGUUCGUACUUAAA